UCUACGAAGACUUUCUUUCUUGCAGACCUCUGGUAACAAUCUACAACUUGCAGUUGUUUUAUUACGUUCAACCGGAUCUUUGCCUCAACAGCAUAACAUAUCUUUGAAGCGGUGUCUGAUACUAUUCGGAUUGUGUGGAAGUGAUGUUGCAGAUUUAAUCAGUGCACAAAAAUCUAAGUGGCGAAUACGUUACAGUAUAAAAAAUGAUAGUAACGGAAUAUGCAAGAAUUACAACUCUCCUACUACUCUUCUGUACAUCUAUCAAAUCUAGUCAUUCACAGAGAGCUUACGAUAAGGGCGACUGGAUUCCACUCAUUUCUUCUUGUCCGACAUGCCAAUCAAAAGAAUUAACAGAAAGUCGCAAAAUAGUGAAAAAAGAAGCCACUGGACGAGUUCUAAACAUAGGGCAAGAUGGCCACCCAAAUCACCUUGUUAAUAACGAUAAAUUCGUACCAUUUAGCGGAGAUCAAAACUUUCGAUUAGAAGAAGCUGAUUCAUACGAAGAUUUUCGUAAUUACUAUAAUUUCAACACACCAGGCCAGAGGCAUCAAGAAAGUUUGCAAAAUACUGAUAGUUAUGUACAAGAAACAAGUAAACGUCAGCAUUUGCUGGCGCAAAAAGUGUUGGAACCAUUAUUUUUAAACCAAGAGUUACAGCCUCCAAAGUCUACUUCUGUGGAUAGUCAAGAGCAGAGAAACAACCUGCACACAUCAAAUUCUAAAGAACAAAGUUAUCAUAAUUCACCACGAUUUAUUCAAUAUUCAAAUAAUCAGUUGCAAUCAUCAAAUGCAGGCGACAACAUUCCUCCUGUUAGAUUUAAUUUACUUCAGUCAAAUAUCCAAUCUACACAGCAUUCUUCAGAAACCCCUAAAUUAGAAAAUAUUCCAAAAUUUUCGGGAGGAAUUGACAAUGACGACAUUAAAAGUAAUGAUAAUCAGCGUGAUCAAUAUUCAUCUGAGCGCCACAAUUAUAGUAGCCCUCCAUUCACAAAUUCGCCUACUUUUUCAGAAGCGAGUGCCUUGGUCGAUAAAAAAAUCGAUGGAAAUAGAUCUCCGGGGACUUUCCAGUUUAACCCCCAAUCUCCAUUAAAUGAAAAUACGGAAUUAAGUAAUAUCCCCAAUCCAUUAUCUUCAUUAGCUAAAGUAUCCGAUAUUCGGCCACAGGGAGAGAGCGUUGCAUUUCAAUUACAAAAUAGAUUUUCAGAAAGUCCUGGUAUUCCUUUAUUAAAGUCGUUUUCGAACUCAGAUGUGAAUCCUAAUUUUUCGCCUCCACAAAUACGAAACAUGAUACAGGACGUCAAUGCUGGGUUACAACCUGAACUCCCCCAAGUUGAUAAGGCAACACCAUCACUAUAUCAGCAAGAAAUAACAGCUAGAAUACACACAAGCAAAGGUAAUGCACCUGUUGAGAUAACAACCCCCAUAAGUCAGCCUAAUAGGGAAAGCGUGGAAUUACUUUACGUUCCAGUUCAAUACUUAAACAAGCAUCAAGAACAGCCAAAACACUUUUCUACUUCUGAAUAUAAACCACGUUCAUCAUUUCCACAAAAUCGACAAUCAGGCAUUUUAAACGAACCAAAUAAUCAUUUUCAAAAAACUUCAGCAGAGCCAUUUAAACAGGCCCAACAAAUGGAAGGAAUUGAAAAUGAUUUUGCUAGUCAAGCAUUAGGAGCGCUUAAACUUCAACAACAGCUUCAUUCUGGAGAAAUACCAAUUACAUCCCCACCUGUUAACAACCUCAUUUCUUCGACUACGAAAUCAGUGAAAAAGAAGAAAUCACACCAACCUCCUUUAGCAGUUUACAUGGAAAAUGAUGGAAAUGUUAAAGUAACUGACGUUUUGAACUUGCUAAAAAGUUCGAGAACUAUUACAGUACAGGAUACAGUUGGCCCAGACACGCCCCCAGUUUUUGUAGGGCCAUAUGACUUAGAUACUCCAGAGGGGUAUGCAAAAUUUGACCUACCGUAUUUAUCAUCCCUUGAUGCUAAUCAAAUUGAAACUAAAGCAGAUGAGUUUCCAUUCUUUGUUGCUCCAAUCAAUUAUAGGGCACCCGAAGGUUAUUCAAAGAUUCCACUUCCAUCUCCACAUGUUGGAAGCAUUGUUCUCUCUGAAAAGAAGAAAGGCACCUCUUCAAAAGCAUCGCAAAAUGCGUUCGCAGGUGUUCCUAGUAGAGAUGUAUUGGAACAUAAACAACAUUACAGAGAUACUCUAGACCAGCCUAACUAUCAAUCUAAGUUAUUACCAUCAAGUAUAGAAACGCCAUUAUCAAUAAGACAGACUACGGAUCAUAAUGACUAUAAUCAGCUUAAUAAUCAUUUCUUACACCCGAACCAACGCAUCCCUAGUCCGCAAUCAAAAUUUGAAGAGGAAUACAAUAGAAUUAAUAACAUUUACAGAACUACGCCUAAACCUGAGAUAAGUCAAUUUGUUAUUACAACUUCUACCUCAUCUCCUCCUAGAGAGCAACAGCAAUACGUUUUCAACCCACAGACUGGGUUUAUAGAGCAAAUUCCACAAACUCAAUCAUUUACAGAUCAGCAGCGUCCAGUGCAGGGGAAUAAUUUUUUGGCAGGAUCAAGGGGUGAAUUGGUACAUUCAUUUCCAUCCAGAGAAAAUCCUCCAAUGGGGGAUAUACCUGAACACAGACAAGCUUCCACUAAAUCUCAAGAAAAUAUUCCCUCUAGAUCUCGACUAUCGGAAACCCCAAAAUAUAAUGUAGAAAUUUCAACAACGUCAAGACCAUUAAGAGGAAGGUUUCGUGAAACUAACGAUCAAACUUCUACAAAACCAACUAGAGGUAGGGGUUCUUCUCAUUAUUCAUCUUCAUCUUAUGAUCAAGGAGACAAACACGAUUUAGAAAGGCCGAAAACGGUCCAUAGAAAUAGAGGAAAUAGUGCAGGCAGAAAUGGAGCUUCAACUGCUAAAAUCAAAGAAGAGCCAAACCAACAAUGGCAGAAGCAUAUUGAAGAAUCAAGUCGAUCUACUCCAACUAUCCUUGGUUCAAGAUCAACACCGGCUAGUGGUUCAAUGUACAACGACGGAGGUCAAACUCAUACAAAUAACUUAAGUUCUUCGGAUAAAACUUCAUCAAACACCUAUAAUUCUGUGAAUAUCCCACAAGUUCCAUAUUAUGAUGAAAUAAGUGAUAUUCAACCAUUUAAUCAACAAGUGCCUACUUCUCUGUCAUUAAAAGAGAGAGAAGAAGCUAAAAAACAGAGAACUCAGUCUGUUAGUAGUCUUGAACAAAAUUUAGGAAUUCCAAUAACAUCCAAUGGCGCAUCAGGAAUUCUUUCCCAGAGUACAGCCGAUGACAGUUAUAGUGAUCCUUUACUAAAAAGUACGGAAGAGCCAGUAUUUGAAUUUACAACGAGAUCACAACCAGCUAGAAGUAGACCAUCAACGUUUGAAAGUUAUGAACUAGAUAGUACACAUAGUGACGAAUCCAGAGAUUUUGAUGACUUCUUUUUAACUUCUUCCGAACAUGAAGAGGAACCGAAGAAUUUUAGACUUCCGUCCCAAAUACACUCUGUUAAUCCUGCGCUCCCAGGGCUUAUUAAUAACUUACAAGACCAAUCAAUUCGAUCUAUUCUCAAUCCAGCGCUGAUUGUACCGACAACACAACAAUCUAUUGACGAAAUAACUUCCUCUCAGCGAUUAAAAUUGCCGCAUACUGAAACCACCAUUAAUAAUCAAAAUUCAUUCGCAAAGCCUCCACUAAGUUAUCAGAAUCCUCAAACUCCUCGCGUAACAGAAAAUUAUGAAAUUAAUGCACAACAACAAAAACAUACAGCUAUAAUUGAUACCAGGAGAAAUCCUAUUCAAUUAGAAUCCCUUAAACCGGAAAUCGACCGACCUUCAGCACUACCUACUAAUGAACAACAAAACUUUAAUAGUCUGCAACCAAGUGAGAGUUUUUCAAUGGCUCCACAAAGUUUGUCUUCGCCAACUUUGCAAUCUAUAGAUUCAUCAACUCACUUGCCAACGAUCGAAACAACUACCCUUGCAAAACGAGGAAGAGGCAGAUUCCGUUCAAGAGGUCCGUCGGUAUCUACAACAACAACUGCACCUAUAAGAAGAAAUUUACACAGAACUCGAAGGCCGUUAAAAGUUGAAUCAAGAAGUGAGAAUUUAGAUCAUCAUCAAACUGCUAGUUCUACUUACUCACCUGUAAAAUUACUUGAUCGCGCACCUAAUAAUGCCAGACAUCACACAAUUAAUAAUUUCGGUGGACUCGGUCAAAACCAUAAACCCCAAGAGAAAUCCGAAUAUUAUCAGAAAGUUCAUGUAAUUCCAGAAUACGAACUUAUGCCAAACAGCUCUUCAAAUCACUUAGAACGCCAAGGAGCACGUAUUAAUAAUUUUUAUAAACAACCUACACUAAAAGAAUAUGUUUCUGGUACUACAAUCUCUGCACCUAAUAGUUUUAUGUCAUCCAACGGAGCAAUGUCAACAUUGCCUCUGUACCAGGAAAACUUCAAAGCUGAUUUACCUCUAAAUCAACCUAUUAUGUUUAAUAGAGAUUUGCUAAUACAGGACAUGUCGCACCUAACUGCGCCCUCUGCAAAUGCAGCUGAAGAGACACAGAGUCACUCGUCCAAUGUGCAAUUCGUCCAUCCUGAUGAUUACAGUAAUGGCACCCUUAUUAACUUCAUUCCAAGGAGUAAUUCACAGGAUUAUGAAAAGUCCGAAGGCGAUCACAUAAAAGCUGAAAAAGUUAACCUAGAAAAUAAUUCUCAGUAUUUAAAUUACAAUACGGCUCCUUCAGCAGAAGCGGCGAUAUCGGAAACUACUGAAGCGACCACGGGACGAAAUCCUGAACGAGGAAGAGUUCGUGGAAGAGCAGGUACUAAACACGUGUUAUCUACAGUACCCAUAACCGAACGUUCUAAAGCUACGACAUUAGAAAAACCGAAGGAAGAAAAUGAAGAAUUUUAUGGAUUCUUCAGAUCUCCAAAUUUCAAGCCAGUUACAUCUCCACCAACAACUUCUACAAGUCACGCGAAUACAUUGUCUAUAACAGGAGGUGAUUUUACAGGCAUACCACAAUCACAUUUCGAUAGUUCUCAAGGUAGAGACAACAGUGACUCAUACUCUUCUACUCCACAAAGUUCAGAGACUGUUAGACCCAGAUAUUCGUCUGUCAUAAGAAACCCGACCGGUCCUAAUAAGGAAUUGGAGAGCGCAGUUACAACCAAACAACCUGAAUCAACACAAAGAUCCCGGAAACGUGGUAGAACAAGAAAACCGUAUGUUAAUGCGUCAAGUAACACAAGGAUAAAUCAACAAACCGAAACCACUUACACUAGAAGAUAUACUACAACAGAACGACCGACAAUCCGAACUACACAAAGAUUGAGGACAAGAGGGCGUGCUCACUUUCAAUCACCACAAUCAUUGAAAGGAAAGAGAGAAGACGACUUAGAAACAGCUAAUUAUCCUGCAUCAUUUUUAGCAUCUCAAGGUAUAGGUAUGAAACAGUCUGCAUCCGAAUCAAUUGCCCAAACUGAAAACCCAAAUUUCCGAAUAACAGUUGAAUCUGGAUUUGAUGCAGACGGAGAUCUUGCCGAGUAUGAUCAACUUACGAAUCCAUCAUACAUAAGUGCUAGUAUAGUAAUGCCCGAUGGAAGUAAACAUCUAAUAAAUCAGAUAGAUAAUGAAGGCUUGAAAAAAAAGUCGAUGGGACUACUAGACAAUUUUUCAACUACAAUCGAGCCUCGUGUUGUUGACCGUACUGAUGAAAAAAUUCAAAAUAAUGCAGAUUCUACCAACAGUAAUGAAUCGAAUGAAGGAUCGGUUGGUAUGAAAAAACGCGGAUUUUGGAAAUUGGUGAAACAAAAGUCUUCUUCUGAUCCUCUUGAGGCGGCAGAAUCUCAACAUGUGGGCUCAUUUUCUGCAAACAGCUUCAACGUAGCGGAAGGGAAACCCCCCAAAAAAGAUCAAGGAAUGGGUACUGAUAUUGAGAAUAUUCCGCAGUUAACAAAAGAAGUUGAAAAAGUUGUAGAUUUAUUAUAUCAAAACGUUAACGAUUCUCUGCAUGACGUAUCUCAAGUAACAAAUGAACAUAACUUAAAUGCGAAUUCUGACAUUGUUCCUGAAUUUGAUAAUACUGUUCCAGAAAAUUCUAAAGUAACUUUAAGAACAUUGACAACCACAGAAGGUGAAAGCCAAAAUUAUGGAAAAAGUAGAAUUAUCGAUAACGCUAGUAUAGAAAAAAAAUAUGAACCAAGUACUGAAAUCCCACCAAGGACAACAAAUUCCUUUGAAAAGUCAAUGAGGACACUUCAAUCCACUGAAAUUUCCCAUGAAACGGAGAUAUGCUACAGAGGAAAGUGUAUCAGGACUUCAAACCCAACUUUGUGAUUUAAUUAAGAAUUGGAAUAUUUGCAGUGAUCAGUAAUCUAGAUGUUAGGUUAAACUUAACAUAUUGUGCAGCGGUAACUAUUAUGUAUCAUUAUACUUUGCACUUUUUUGUACAUAAUGUAAUUUAUUGUGAUGAAAAUAAAUUUUUUUUUAUCUA